UCCAACAGUGAGAGGCAGAGCUGAAAACAAUCAUGAAAAGGGUAAAGAGGUCUAAGAAUCAAGACGAAAGGAUUGUAAACGAUCCGUUUACGAACCUUGCUAAUGACAUGAUCAUAGAGAUUCUCAUGAAACUGCCGCCGAGAUCCAUAGCCAGGCUCCAUUUCGCUUCUAAAGAAUCGUCAUCGAUAAUCCUUGACAAAAAGUUCAUCCAGUGGUACAUGACCCGAUCUUUAACUCAGCCACGUUAUCUUAUCUCACUGCACCGUGGCGGAUACAUGCAGAUGCAGCUCUUUCAAUCCUUGUCUCAAGACCAUCCGUAUAAUCAUAACAUGGUUAGUUAUGAAAUGGAACCCGAUGUACUGUAUGAAUUUACUCCACCUGUUCGCGGCUUGAUCUGCGGUCGGGACUUUACCAAGAUGAUUGUCGGAAACCCUAGUACGGGUCAGUUCGUAUCGUUACCUAGAGUCAAAACGAGGAGGCAAGAUAUAUUGUCUGUUUUUGGAUAUGAUCCAGUUAAUGAUGUAUACAAAGUGUUGUGCAUGACGGUGGUACUUAAACGUAGUCACAUGUCUCGUAAUGGUAAUGCUGUAUCGUGGGAGGAUAUUGUGUCGGAGGAGCAUCAAGUGAUCACUCUAGGAGCUAAAGAAAAAUGGAGAAUGAUCGAGUGUGAGUAUCCACAUCGUCAUAACUCUGGAUGUAAAGGGAUAUACAAGGAUGGGUUCAUGUAUUAUUUAGCUACUUACCAGAAAAAAAGAUCUCUAAUGAGCUUUGAUCUGAGUUCUGAAGAGUUUAAUGUUACUAAGCUACCUGAGGAUCAGAUGCUUCAACAGUAUGGUGAGCUGGUGAAUCACGCUGGAAAGGUAACCAUAGCGUAUCAGGCAUAUAACCGCAACGUUGACCUAUGGGUUCUGGAAGAUGCCAACAAAGAAGUAUGGUCAAAAAAAUUUGUGGUUCCUCCUCUGUCGAUAGAUUUUUUUGGAAGGUUUCGUGACCUCGUGUUCAUGGGUAUACUUGGUACUGGGGAGAUGAUAUUCGCAUCGCGCUCCCCUCCGUUCUUUUUUGUUUGUUUCGAUCCCAGGUCAAAAAAGGUCAGAGAAAUUGCGAUUCAUGGAAUGGGAGGGGCCUCUCGUCAUAAUAUCCAAAUCUUUUUCGAUCAUGUAGAGAGUUGUAUGGUUCUGCCAAAGGUAUGUUAAUCCUUAUUACUGUA